UCACCCGGCACGGGGCACGCUUCUCGCAGUGCAAAAAGCAUCCCGGAAAGACGCGUACAAAGCUGUCUGCGAGACGGCCCCGAGAGACAGGGCUCAGCACGGCGGUGCGGGGCGGUGCGGGGCGGCCGGCACUGUCAGACAGCUGGGGCACGGCGAGGAAGAGCCCGGCAGCCGGAGCCGCGCACCGAAGGAAGGAUGUUCGGGCACACGCAGCUGCCGGGAGAUGAGGUUACAAUGCAAAGCUAAACAAAGAUCCCCGCGAGGAGGAAACGGAUCCCUCCCGCCGCCUGUAAGAAGCCGCUGCCCUGCUGUGUGUGAAGCCUGUUUGAAAUCAUGCCUAGAAGGAAAGUCAACUAAACCAGGAUAUUGAAGGAGUAUAGAGAUGCGAUGGAGGUAGAGUCCAGCACGUACACAGACUUCAUUUCCUGCGACAGGGCUGGCCGGAGGAAUGCUGUCCAUGACAUCCAGCGGGAUGCAAACACCAUCAGCAUGCGCAAGCUGACCAAGGACAUCGGCGAGCUUGGCAUCGAAGGGGCAGAGGGUGAAGAACCCAGCACUUCUUCUGAGUGUGACCCUGCAGCAAGACCAAAGGAGCAAGAAAGCAAACCCUCCCCAUGAGAGUGCACAGGGGGUGGGAUGGGGCAGCAGGAGGGGCUUGCUGUGAACAUUAAGCAAGAAUCUGUUAUUGAACCUAUGGACAAAAGCCAACCAGGACCAGCAAGAUGUCUGUCACAUCACUCUGCUGCAGCUGUUUUGUUUCAAGAACUGCAAGAUACUGCACAAGGACUGGCACCUCCGAAAGACUUCUGCUCCCAUCCCUGAUGACUUAGAGCAACACUGCAGCGUUUGUAGUGAUAUGAGCCAUUCUCAAGAUGCCUUAGUUGCAAUUUUCCCCUACGGGAAAUAAACUAUUUCAGUAAUAAUAUACACUGUCCUGUCCAAGGUACCUUCCCACUUUGCAAAUUUAGACUAUUAUUUAUUCUGUUUCCAUAGGUUAGAGGUUUAAACAGUUGUUUUCUCCACACAUUGCCCUCAUCCUGCAUCUCACCCCUGAGCUGGCCUCUGGACCAGGGCAGGCAGCAGCAGGGACUGGCUGGCCCUGCAGCCAUGGCCAGACCCAUACAGCCCCGGGAAGGACCAAAGCACAGCCCCACAUGGAUGAGUUCCACUGACAGACCCAGCAGCAUCAGCCACAGGCAUCUUUACCUUUGGGUUUUAGUGUUUUAAGGCAUUGUUAAAGGGAGGGGAGAAACAUUUUGCUGUUUUGACUGUUGAAAUUCAGGCUUAACUUUGCAAGCUGUUAGCUGAGAUUAUCUCUGGUAGGAUCUCACACCAUUCUUUUAGGAGACAUGUUUUGUGUUAAAGAUGGUUUGAUAAAACUAUAUGAGCUGUUGGAAUAAACAACACAGCCUUUAAAUACUGAA